GUAUAUGUCAGUCAGUCGCUGCGUAUGGCUGCGGACUCGCAUUAGACUCUCAUCUACAUAACUUAAGGGCUCGGUUCCAUUGAUUUAGAUUGCUCGAACGUUCUUCCAACGAUGACCCAGACCAACCAACCACAUGGGAGCCAAUAUGAUGGCUUGCCUCGAGAUAUAGCCAACCCAGCCUCAUCAUCACCGCCUUCUGAAUCAGAGGACUCGCACCAGUUUCCUCCUUCACCACCUGGAAUACACGAUCACGAACAAUCUCCCCCUCCUGCCUUUGCAGCAUCUCCAUCCCAGCCCCAAUCACCACAACCUAGUGAUAUGAUUACUCUUUCGCCCCAACCUCCUGCUAUUACCCAGGCAGAGAACACUCCCGCCCUUCCGCAGCGUUCUCCUGAUGAUAAUGUGGACCCACGCCUUACGAUCCUGCGCGCCAUGUUCCCCGAUUUCGAUGAUUCUCUACUAUCAUCUGUACUUCAGAGUGUCAAUGGUGAUCAGGAUCUAGCAAUUGACACACUGUUGGGGAUGAGCGAUCCCGAUUAUGUCUCGCAACCGCUGCCGGCCCCGGUGCAGCAUGAGCCUACCCAGACUGACCUAGACGAGCAACUCGCCCGACGUCUCAUGCUCGAGGAAGAGCAAGCUGCGCAAAAUCAGUGGCGCCCUCCACAGCAGGACCAAGGGAACCAGUCUUAUCAGUCGAGGCGGUCUACUAGUCGAGGCCGAGGUGGAGGUGGAGAUGAAACCGGAAGGUAUGACAACACGGUACAGGUGGUUGCGCCACCGCAACGAGACACUAUGGCGGAGUUCCAAGAUGGUUUUAACAAGAUAGCGGAGACUGGAAAGAAGACAUUCUCUUCAAUUGUUUCAAAGGUCAAAGCCAAGAUGCAGGAAUUCGAUCAGGGUCAGGGCCAGGGUCAGGGACCAUCCAGACGGGAUACACAACCUACUUGGGGACAAACGUCCCAAUCUUCGUGGAACGGUGGACAGCCCACAUCAUCCCAGCCCCAGUAUCAGCCUCCAUACCACGAUCCCAAUCCGCAACGCCAUGAAUCCUACUAUGACCCUAAUCCACCGGCCGAAAGUGGAAUUCGUGGAAGCGGAUGGCAAUCUCCUCCCAUUCCCAGCUCAAAUCUAAGGGCGAACUCCAAUCCUACUCUCGUCCCAAGCUCUACAUACGCUCCCCCAAACUUCGCCACCAAGCCUAUACCUAAUCCUACGUCCUUUGCAGGCAAUAGUUCAACCUAUGCAGGAUCAUCGACGAAUUCCCCGCCGACCACAGGUAUGGGCACGUCCCCCCCGCCUGAACUUAUUCAGCGGUCGGGCGACACACCAAGACCGCCAUCGACAGGUGUAGGCACGCCAAGUGGGAUCGAUGCCACUAAAUUUGGACUUUUGCCUAAACGACCUGUAUCACUUCUUCGGGAACAGGCUCCGCCUACUCACAGAGACGAUAGUGAUGAUGAGUUGGAAUACACGGAAAAUCCGUUUGAGGACAGGAGGUGAUCGGGAUUCGGGUGGUUACUCUGGGGUAACUGCAUAUUGUUUAUGACAGGUUUUACGAAGUGGGAUAAUCUGUGACUGUAACCGUGAUGCAUAGAUGGACUAUAAGUUAUGGCAUGUACUGUACCAGACAACAGCCGCGAUGUUUCACGCAAAGAGAUGUUUCAUAUAAUAAUCGGC